UUGUGUUAAACGGAAGUUGUYGGGCGGAGCUUCUGUUCGCGACAGUUGCGACUUCUGAAGGAAAUGGACCGCWGCAAUAAUCAUCCAACUAGAAUAAUCACCAUCUCAAAAAUGAGCGACAAUGACAAAGACCGGGAGUCUCGCUCCUCCUCCAGGAGCGUGAGUCCACGCGGCUCUGGGAAGUCGGCAAGCCGCUCCCCAGAUCAUUCACCUGCCCGUUCAAAGGAUGGCUCCCGACACUCCCGCUCUAAAUCCUGGUCUCGGUCCAGGUCCAGAUCUGGCUCCCACCGCGGCUCACGCAGGCAUUACAGCCGGUCUCGGUCCCGCUCCCGGUCCCAUCACCGUAGGUCUCGCAGCAGAUCCUACAGCGGAGAGCGUCGGCGCAGAAGCCACAGCCACUCGCCCAUGUCCAAUCGCCGCAGACACAUCGGCAAUCGUGCUAAUCCAAAUCCAAACUGCUGCCUGGGAGUGUUCGGCCUGAGCCUGUACACUACAGAGAGGGACCUGAGGGACGUCUUCACUAAAUAUGGACCACUGGCAGAUGUCAACAUCGUGUAUGACCAGCAGUCGAGGCGCUCCAGGGGCUUUGCUUUUGUUUACUUUGAGAACACAGAUGAUGCACAAGAGGCAAAGGAGCGAGCAAACGGCAUGGAGCUGGAUGGUCGUAGAAUCAGGGUGGAUUUCUCCAUCACUAAAAGAGCUCACACCCCGACCCCUGGAAUCUACAUGGGACGACCCACACACGGUGGUGGAGGUGGGGGUGGUCCUGGCGGGCCUCGACGCUAUUCACGCGAUUAUGAUCGUGGGUACGAUCGCGGCUACGACAGAGGAGGCUACGAACGCUAUGAUGACAGAGAAUACUACAAAUCAUACAGACGUCGCUCUCCUUCACCAUAUUACAGAGGCGCGUACCGGUCUCGGUCAAGAUCUCGAUCUUAUUCCCCUCGUCGAUAUUGAGUCGUUCCAGUGAGCAAAAUUAUCCUCUCUUCAUAUGGACAAACAAGAGUUAUAUUUUUUACUUUAUUCUAGAUGUUUUUUCUUUAAAGGGAUGUUUGUUUUGUUUAGGAUGGAGUUGCAUGACUUAUAUUCUGUUUAGUAAUUUAAGGAGAAAACAGCUGCAGUGUGUGCUAAGCCUUGACAGGUUGACUAGUAAAGCAUAUUCUUACAACCAAAAGUCUGAAUUUAUGUUAGAAUAUUUAAACCCAUUUCUAACUAUAAAAUAAUUUUUGACAUUUGAAGAACGUAGAAUAAGCUUUAUUUACAUUGUGCCAGUAACAGAUUUCUUACUGAAUAUCUUCUAAAACACAGCACUCGAGACAUCCUGUUAAGACGUUCUCCAAAUUUCAGUUCGAUUAUAUACAUAUUUGGUGAAAGUAGGGUGAUAUUUGUGAAGGAUUGUUCUUAUCAUUUUAAAUUGUACACGUGCAUCAAGAUUCAUUGUUGUAAAUGUGUUAAUUUAUGGGCUUUGUUGUACAAAAACUGAGUAACAAGUCAACUUUGAACAAAUUAAAAAAGGCUUGCCUUUUUUUUUCUCACCUU